CGCGGAACUAAGAGGUCCGCGCUAACAGAUGUUUUUAAGUUGAGCUCAUGAAGCUUAAAAUUCAUAGAAAACCACGAUGUAGACUUUCACUUUGCACAGCCAACUUUCCCUCGCAUUGCAAAAGCGGCUUUUCCAGCAGAAAAAGGAUUAUUGCGGUCCUGAGUAUCCAAGUUAAUGACGCGUCUCGAAGUUUAGCUGACACCUGUGGGGAUCUGAAGUCUGAACAGUGUCCAGCUGUGUGUGCAUGAAGAGUCCAUGGAUGAACCAGAGAUCAGAGAGACGGAUCCUCCUCCUGAGGAGAGAGCCCCAAUAGAGAGUAGACCAGACUCCCCUGUGUCCAAGAGAGUGAAGUGGUCCAUGGAUCAUCCAGCACCAUCCAGAGAGACGGAUCCUCCUCCUGAGGAGAGUGUCCAGCAGGGGGCAUCAGACACACAGAACCUGAAAACAGACGAGACCAAGAGGGACACUGCAGAACACAGAUUGACACCAGAGGAGGCAGAGCUCAGGUCCUUUCUGAAGGAGAAGUGUCAACAUCUGGUUGAAGGAGUACCACAUCAGGGAGACGCCAGACUCCUCCAGGACAUCUACACAGAUCUCUACAUCACAGAGGGGGGGAGUCGGGGGGUCAAUGAAGAACAUGAGGUCAGACAGAUAGACAGAGCAUCCAUGUUCUAUAACAAAUACAGUUAUAUGAGUGAUGAUGAGGAAGGAAAGGGUUCUGAUGAUGAUGAGGAAGGAAAGGGUUCUGAUGAUGAUGAGGAACAUGAGGUCAGACAGAUAGACAGAGCAUCCUGGAGAGUAGGAGGACAGGCCAGACCAAUCAAAUGCAGUGACAUCUUUAAACCCUUACCUGUAGGCCUGUGUCCACGAAGGGGUCUUUCGCAACACAAACCCAUCAGAGUAGUACUGACAAAGGGAGUGGCAGGCAUUGGAAAAACCGUGUCCGUGCAGAAGUUCAUUCUGGACUGGACUGAAGGAGAAACCAAUCAGGACAUUCAUUUCAUUUUUCCUCUUCCUUUCCGAGAGCUGAACCUGAUGAAGGAUACAAAACUCAGCCUGGUGGAGCUUGUUCAACGCUUUUUCACACAAAUAAAAGAUCUGAAAUUGCUCUCCAGUUCUGAGAACAAAACUCUCUUCAUCUUCGAUGGUCUGGAUGAGUGCAGACUGCCUCUCGAUUUCUUCUCCAACCCGAGGUGUUGUGAAGUGACAGAGCCAGCCUCAGUAGAUGUACUUUUGACCAACCUCAUCGAUGGGAAUCUACUUCCCUCUGCUCACGUCUGGAUCACCACCCGACCAGCAGCAGCUGGUCAGAUCCCGUCUGAGUGCGUGGACCAGGUAACAGAAAUUAGGGGGUUCAACGACCCACAAAAAGAUGACUACUUCAAGAAGAGAAUCAGUGAUGAGAACCUGGCCAUGCGAGUCAUCAACCACCUGAAGUUAUCCAGAAGCCUUUACAUCAUGUGCCACAUUCCAGUUUUCGCCUGGAUUUUGGCUUCUGUUGCAGAGAAAACAUCAGAGAGAGGAGAAAUGCCAAGAACUCUCACUCAGAUGUACACUCGCUUCCUGAACAUUCAGACUUGCAUCAAGAAAGAGAAGUACACAAAGAGAAGAGAGACAGAUGAAGAGAUGGUUUUGAAACUACUGGGGAGACUGGCUUUCCAACAGCUGGAGAAGGUGUCAGAAAUGAACCACACCAAAGUGAACCCUCUCAUCUCUCAGCUCUGUUCAGAGCUCCAACACUUGAAGACCUACACAAGACUGCAGUGGAUCUGGCCUUACAGACAUGCUGUAGUGGAACACAUUGACAGGAGGUCAGGACAGCUGACUGCACAGAUGCUCUUACCAGGAGAGUGGAAGACUAGAAAGUUUAGGUUUGAGUUAUCAGAAGAGCAGCUGGGUGGGUUUGACCUACAGAAGUACAUAAAGACACCAGAAGAGGAUCUGACUGACCUCCUCAGCCCAGAUGACGUCCUCAAGAAGCUGGUGCCAGCAGUGUCAUCAGCACU